CAUUCUGUGAGCAUUGUGCUCCUUAUUUUACAGGUCACUCAACAUUUACAGCAACUAAGAAGUAGGUCAUAUCACACAUGGAAACUAAGUUCAGAGAGGUUGUAUAACUUGGCCGAGGACGCGUAGUCAAUAAGUGAAGUGACAGAAACAAGGUUUGAUUAAACUUUGCUUUGCUUACCUUUCUGGCUGCUUCUAAGUACCCCAGGAGGUAAAUAAGGCCCUGGUUUCUCUCUUCUUCCUCCUAGUCUCCGGGGAUAUUUCUUGUGGACUCCUCUCUGAGGUUUAGUCCCUGUUAAAUUCACCAUAUCCUUACAGGCUUAAUGAGUGCUGCUUGUCUCUAGGUUUCAGCCUGUGCUCUGGAACAGAAAAUCCUUUUGCAGACGAUGACCCUUGAGACCCUAGAGGAAGAGUCUUCAUACAGCUGGGUUCAGCCCCCGGCGAUCCAGUUCAAGGGCAAAGGACCUGAGCCCCAAACAUCAGAAGAAAGAGAUGGUGGUGUGAGGACUGAGAACAUGACAUUAGACACGAAGCAGGAACUUUGUGAAGAAACAGAAAGACAUAGGGAGGGGUCUGAUGGACAUCAUGAAACUGUGUCUCAGCCCACCAAAUACAGAGGAGACAGUGAACCUACUGGAAGUUUGGAAAUGCAGGAUGGGGAUGCCACAAGUGAAAAAAAAUAUAAAUGUGAUGAAUGUAGGAAAACCUUCAUGUGUAUCAGAGGCCUUCAGAUGCAUAGGAGGAUCCACACUGGAGAGAAACUGUACCCAUGCACAGAAUGUGGAAAGGCCUUUAUCAGACGUGCAGAACUUAGCCAGCAUCAGGGGCUUCACAGCAAGGAAAAGCCCUAUCAAUGUAAAGAGUGUGGCAAAGGCUUCAGUCAGAAGGCAGGCCUCUUCCAACAUCUGAAAAUCCACACUGGAGAAAAGCCCCAUCGAUGUAGUAAAUGUGGCAGAUGUUUUAGUCGGAGAUCACUUCUCACAAAGCAUCAGAGUCUCCACACUGGAGAGAAACCUUUUGACUGUGUGGACUGUGGGAAAUCUUUCUGCCACAAUUCAGACCUCAUUGAACAUCAGGGAUUCCACAACAGAGAGAAACCUUAUGAGUGUAAUUUAUGUGGGAAAGCCUUCAGGCAGCGUGCACAUCUUGUUGAGCAUCAGCGAAUUCACAGUGAAGAAAAACCCUAUGAAUGUAAAGUAUGUGGAAAAGCAUUCACUCAGUAUGCAGGACUUAACCAACACCAGAGAAUCCACACUGGAGAGAAACCUUUUGAAUGUCCUAUAUGUGGACGAGCCUUUAGCCGGAGCUCAGAACUCAUAAUACAUCACAGAAUCCACUCAGGGGAAAAACCCUAUGAAUGUGCCAAGUGUGGAAAAACCUUUAGUGUGAGCUCAACCCUUAUCAUACAUCAGAGGAGUCACACUGGGGAGAAGCCCUAUAAAUGUGACAAGUGUGGCGAAGCCUUCAGUCAACGCUCAGGCCUUAAUAAACACAAGUUAGGAGGGAAGCAUGGAAACCCUCCUGAGCCAAGAAAGUAUAAGUGUGAUGAGUGUGAGAAGACCUUUACUAGGCCUUCUGGCCUGAGGAACCACAAAAGAAUUCACACUGGGGAUAAGACCUACCAAUGUCCUGAGUGUGGGAGGGUCUUCACAAGGGGAGAGCAUCUUAUUGAACAUCAGGGGAUUCAUGACAAGGUGAAGCCCUAUCAAUGUAAAGAGUGUGGCAAAGCCUUCAGUCAAAGGACAGGUCUUAGUCACCAUCUCAGGAUCCACACGGGAGAAAAACCUUUUGUGUGUUCUGAAUGUGGGCGAGCCUUCAGCUGGAAGUCAGAUCUCAAUAAACAUAAGAGAGUCCACUCUGAGGAAAAACCUUAUCAAUGUGAAGAGUGUGGGAAGGCCUAUAAGCAGAGAGCAACACUGAUCCAACAUCAGAGAGGCCACAUUGUGCUAAGCCCCGGUGAGGUGACUGGGGUGAAGCCUGCAGUGGAAGCUCAGCCCUGA